CCGCUAGUUCUCAGUAGCGCAAGAUUGAAAGAACCAAGUGAAGGCAAGAUCUACGCGGAUCGCCAGCUUCUUGCCGUGUCUUUGUUCAUGAUGGCCCUGUGGUUUAUAUACACUCUGAGCCCGGUCUUGCUAGUAUUUUCAAUUACCUUUUUUCGCUCUUUUCAGGCCUGUAGCUGCAGGAGUCAUUUGGUCCUGUUAGGCUGGGAUGUUGCCUCCACGAUGAUCCAAGGGGGCUGUAUCGCCCGGGAUUGCCUUGUCCGUGAGAGUUCACCAGAUGUCGGAUCUACUGCACAGCCUAAUGCAGAUAAUCCUCCAGCUGUACGAGCCCCCACCCAGAUGAACCGGACGGGACAUCAAAUGAACGGAUCAAUCAUUAUCAGUCAUCGCUCGGAUCCCGGACAGCUCAUCCCAGCAGAAGGGGCGCACAUGGCGCACUCCAGAGCCAACCGAUCUAGCUUACAAUUCGUAAAGCCUGUCCAAUCCCACACUCGAAUCCCCCCAACACAUGGAUUGCCUGAGUGCGGUACCGAUCGUGUUAGCUUGGGGCUGGCUGACCGCUAGUCGCCAAAUUAGAUCGUAUAGCCUCCGCUCAGGCACACCCACAGGCAGCUCGACGUAUCAGAUCAUUCCCGUCAAGCUGGUAGCCCCAAUCUUCGAGCAAUGAAAUGUCCCAAGUUAAUAAAGAUAAGGCUGAUAAUAAUUAUAGUCGGAUCGUCCCUCAGAUGCGCACUAGACGAUAUCAGGCGAAACACUGUUCAAAUUUGCG